AGUCCCGGGCGGUGUCCCGGACCCGGAAGUGGAGUUGCCGAGUCACGGCAGUGGCUGAGCUGUUGACAGGAGGCGGCGGCGGAGUAGGAGGCGAGGCAAGACCUGCGGCUCGGCCCGGCCACAGCCGCGGUAGUGCUAGGCAAGCCCACAGAGUCACGCCGGCUUCAGCCAGUCUGCGAACCUCUCGCCCCCGCCCACCCCUGCAUCCGCCCGGCCCCUGCCAGCCCGACUGGUCCGGGAAGGCCUAGUCUGCACCACCCGCCGGGCUCCUGGGGCCGCCGCCCCGCGCGGUCCUGUCGGCGUCCCUGGCCGCGCCCGGCCCCUGGCCCGCUAGCCCGCCGGCACCAUGAUGGAGGAGAUCGACCGGUUCCAGGUGCCCACCGCGCACUCGGAGAUGCAGCCGCUGGACCCAACCGCCGCCUCCAUCUCAGACGGAGACUGUGACGCCCGGGAGGGUGAGUCAGUAGCCAUGAAUUACAAACCAUCCCCGCUCCAAGUGAAGCUGGGCAAAGAGGGCAAUUACAGUUCUCUACAGGAGCCUGAAACUCUAGGAGGCAUCUCUGAAGCCAAGGACGUUCCAGAGAAGCAGCGGGAACUGGCCCGGAAGGGCUCCCUGAAGAAUGGCAGCAUGGGUAGCCCUGUCAACCAGCAACCCAAGAAGAACAAUGUCAUGGCCCGAACAAGGCUGGUUGUCCCCAAUAAAGGGUACUCCUCGCUUGACCAGAGCCCUGAUGAGAAGCCACUGGUAGCCCUUGACACGGACAGCGAUGAUGACUUUGAUAUGUCUAGAUACUCCUCCUCCGGCUACUCCUCUGCUGAGAUCAACCAAGAUUUGAACAUCCAGCUGCUGAAGGAUGGCUAUCGGUUAGAUGAGAUCCCCGACGACGAGGACCUAGAUCUCAUCCCCCCCAAGUCCGUGAACCCCACCUGCAUGUGCUGCCAGGCCACGUCCUCCACCGCCUGCCACAUUCAGUAGCGGGCGGGGCUGCUGCGGCCGCCAGGGUGGGGCCGCCAAGGGCUGGGCAUGACGGGCAGAGGCCGACCCCUCCCCAGCUCGUCUGUCUGCCCCCCGGCCCCACGCCCCUACAGCCGCCAACCUUGUAUAACAGUCAUUGCUUCCUCCUAUGGUAGGACGUGUACCUCUGUGUGUUCAUGGAGCCGGAGAAACCAAAACCGGGUCUCUCUCCACCCAGGAGCUGAGGAGGGGUGGGGGCCGUUUGUUCAGUUACCUGGGGGAACCUCACCCAGCACCCUGCCCCACUUCCCAGGGCUGCAGUCCGGUGGCCAAAAGAGAAGACUGGACGGGAGGGAGGUCAACAUUAAUGAGUGGGGGGAUCACAAAGCCAGGGGCUUGGCCCCACCCCAGCGAAGCCAUGAACCCCCCAGCCCCGGCCUCAGCCUAACCAGGAAAUGGGCUCAGAGGGAGAAAGGCCCAGGGCAGUGGGGAUGGGUCCCAGCACCUCGGAGCCCCCUGCACAUGCCCCCUACCGGUCCAUGUUUCUAUUUGCAUUUCCCCCUCCUCAGAUGGGAAGCCUGGCAAAGCUGCCCAACCGGGUAGUGCCCCUUACCCAUCGGAUCACUGCCUUCUUCCUCCUCUUGACCCAUUCACCCGCUUCCUUGCUCCCUGGGAGUGGGGCAGGGUAAGGUGGGCCUUAGAGACAGGCUGAGGUUUGAGUGGUGUGAUCUGUCCUCAUUGGCCCUUCACCAAUGCAUCUAUCUCUCUGCCACCAGCCCACCCCACCCCCACCCUCACCUAUCCUUCUGCUCAUUGGUCUCAAUCCCAGGCUGGAAGCAGGGAGUAAGGCUGGCCUCCAAUGGCCCAUUCCCCUCAUCCCAGCCCAAGACCCGGGAGGCUGCUUCCCAGUAAGAAUCCAGGAGCAAGCUUUGGAGAAUCCAGUGGGCUGAGUGGUUGUAUGGAUGUGGUUGUUUGGAUGUGGUAGGGAGUGCUUAGCAGAAUGCGUGUAUGUCUCUGAGGCUGUCAGGGGGUGGGUGUGUGUGUGUCUCUGUUGGACCUGUCUCUCCUCAGUCUAUUCCUGUCAUAGAUGUGGGUGUCCCUGGUGGGCAAGUGCCUGUGUGGUCUGUUUACAGUGCAGAAGGCGGCUCAGCAGUGCAAUGGGCUGACAGCCUUGGACCAGGAGUCAGAAGCCUGGGUUCUGGUUGUAGCUCUGGCCCCUCCCUGUGAUCUUCAACAAGCCACUUCCUUUCUCUGGUCUUCAGUUUCCUCAACGAGAAAAUGAACAGCAGCUGAAAUUAUGUUUAAAAUCCUUUUAUACCUGAAAGAGUUUCUUUAUAGGAAUUUCUGUGGUGGGGAGGGGGCGAUCUCUGUGUGUCUCAGUACACCUAAAGGUUGGGGUGGGGCUGAGUUGUGUGUCUCUGUGGAAAGGGGAAGGGGCAGUACCUAUCAGGACUGUGUAUGUCUGAGCACACGUGGCUCUGUUUGGGAUUACGUGUUUUCUGUGAAUGUGUAUGUGUGUUGGGGGGUGUCUACUGUGUGUGGCUGUAUAGGGUGUCUGUAGGUCAAGAUGUGUAUACAGCUGCUUCUGCUAUUGCUGGUUUGGGGGAGGGUUCCGGAAAGCUGAGGCUGAAAAUCAAGAGGGAAGAGGUAAGGAAGGCCCUCCUCUGGAGCUGGGCAGUGUAGACCUGACACCGUGUGAAGAAAAAUGAAAGCACAGAUAGCCUAAAACUGCACAGGCCUGUGCCCACAUACCUUAUAGCACAGGCCCAGGUGGAUCAUCUCAUGCUAACACCCCACAUGUGCUGCUGGAUCCACUCCCAUAGAUCCACUCACAUGCUGCAGGCAUGCAGUAGAUUCACCCACAGCCCACUCUCUGGACACCAGUCCUGGGAGGUGGCAGCUGGAAUGGGGAGCAAUGAGAGGAGGGAGUGAGGCUGUUGGCUUAGGAAGGGUGGCACCUCUCCCUGCAUCAUACCCAGGAAGUGCCAACUCCAAAAUAUUGGGGUGCAGCUUACCACCCCCACUCCUCCAACCCAUCCCUACCUCCUCUAGUGCCAGGGACCCAAGUUAGAUGAUGAGAAAAUGCCAAACAAAGGGAGGCAAGGACAGAGAAGGUACCUGCAGGACCCACAAGGCUCAUACUGGCCCCCAUCUGAGCCCACCUCUCCCACCCAGAUCAACAUCCCCCCAACCCCUGUGCCCCCAUCAUCUGGAACCCAGAGCCAGGCCUCCCACUACCACCACCACCACCCCGGGGCUCCUUGAUUCACCUUUCUAGAACAUGGGUACCUCCUCUUUUUGGGGGCUCAUUUAGACUGCUGCCUUUGCUGCUGACUUGCUGUGUGACUCGGGCCCAUUGUUCAAUCCCUGUGGCCCUUAGACACCAGGGAAAAUCUCCCUCCCACAGGACACAUUAGUUCCCUGGCAGGCAAGGGCUUCCAACUGAGGCAGUGUAUGUGUGGCAGAGAGAGGCAGGAAGCCGGCAGUGGCAGCUUCCGUGUCUAGGGAGGGGCGUGGCUCCCUCCUUCCCUGUCUGGGAGGUUGGAGGGAAGAAUCUAGGCCUUAGCUUGCCCUCCUGCCACCCUUCCCCUUGUAGAUACUGCCUUAACACUCCCUCCUCUCUCAGCCGUGGCUGCCACCCAGCCAGGUUUCUCCGUGCUCACUAAUUUAUUUCCAGGAAGGUGUGUGGAAGACAUGAGCCGUGUAUAAUAUUUUUUUUAACAUUUUCAUUGCAGUAUUGACCAUCAUCCUUGGUUGUGUAUCGUGUAACAUAAAUAAUGAUAUUAAAAGCAUCAAACAAGCCA